AUGUCAGACACCAAACAAGUGUAUGAUAAAAAUGAUCAAAAUAGAAAUUAUCCUGGGAAAACACCAAAUCCUCCACCCAAUGUUUUAUCCCCUAUAACCAAUGAAAAUAAGGAGACUGACACCAAACCACAUACAUCAGCGACGGCUCUACUUCCAAACACAAGCACCAAUACUGCAAUAUCUGCGACAUCACCCUCAUCAUUAGCCAACCAGACAGAUUCGGCGUUGUCUAUAAUGACAGCUACUACAACUUUACCCUCGUCGUCAACUUUGGCGGCUGAACAGAGCGCUUCGAUAGAAAAGUCACAAAAAUCACAAUCACCCUUGCUGAAAGUCCCUAGUAUCAACAACACUAAAAAUCCUAUAGUGGAGAAAGUACCUUCUAAAUUUUCGAAACAAAUAACUACGGGGCUGGACAAGGACAUAUCCCAACUACGUGGCAAUACACCAGUUGAAAAAGAUUCUUUAAAGACGAAUGGGUUUCCAUCUACGAGUUUGAAUGAUUCAACAACAAUUGGAUCUGAAACACCCGGGUCACUGAUGCCAGUCUUUGAUACCGAAAAGAUAUUACGAGAACAUCAAAUUGAAGUACUCACGUCGUCUCAACCAUUGGAUUUAGAAGAAUACAGUACCCAUUUGAACAAGUUGGGAAGUAUCAUUUACGAAAACAAAUUUGAUAAGAAAUUUAGCGCCAAGUUGUUUGACAAAUUUAAUAAGCUAAUGGACAGCUUGGAAGAGUAUGUCGAUACAUCCAACCCAUUAGGCUCUCAGCUCCAUUUAUUAAUUGAACAAAAUUUUGAUCUUUUCAUCAGAUUGUCUACAAACUAUUCAGUUAUUGAAGUAUCAACUGCAACCAUCCGCUUUUUGACCACGGUAGUGAUGAACCUAAAUUACUGGGAAAUCUACAAUUUGCUCAACUGGAAGCCCGUAAUAUAUCACUUUCUCAAUUUGGUCAAUUUUGAUCUCAAUGAAUGCUACAGAAAAUUCAUUAGUGACUAUCAAAACUUUACUUACGACAAAGCCCCACAGCCGUCUGUUGCUCCAAAAGUCAAAUCGAGAACCAGAGUUCGCAAGCGUAAACGGUUGGUUGAUUUUGAUGAUAUGAUAUCAGAGGAACGAGAACGUACUGGAAGAUUCUUCGAACCCAAUCCCGAUACAACAGACCACGACCAUUUUGUUGCUGAUAUUGUCUCCGGAGCUAGCAUUCAAAAACGCAAAUUCAGACCAGAUGUCAAACUUGAGCAUCACAAAAUUAUCAAAAAGCCUCAGCCGCCUACGGAUAAACAAUCAAAUAAAUCAUCUAAUUAUGACCCCGACGUUGUUCAUGAAUGCCAAUUACCUUCAGCUGAGGAGCCUCAUAAAUUGUGUUUGCGCCGAUUCUCGAGAAAGUAUGAGUUGAUUAGGCACCAAGAAACAGUACAUUCCAAGAAGAAGAAACUUUUCAAAUGCUACGUUUGCGUCAAACAGAAUCCAGGUGUAGGACCCAGAAUUUUUACUCGUCAUGAUACACUAGCUAAGCAUAUUCGGGUCAACCACGAAAUCUUUGGCAAAGAAGCUAAAGCAGAAGUGGCGUAUUCGAAAAAGCAUGCUGAAGUUGUCGAAGAAGGUGAUAUUACUGUUCAUGUUGGAAGAAGAAAGACUAAAGUUGACUUUGAAUUAAGAGCACAUAUGGAUAAAGGGCAAGAAGAUGGUUUGGCAUAUCUCGAGACAAGCGAUUUAGAAUCAGGGGAGGAAGAAGUUGUUUUCAACAAACGUUAG